CCAGAAGCAUGGCGAACUUGGAGCAGAUAGAAGACGACUCGAAACACGCAAAAAUGUCCACCGAAGUCUCAAUUUUAACCAAUCCGACAGCAAACGGACCUUAUGCGGCAGGCGGUGGAGACCCAGGCGCGUUUCCAAGUCUGAUCCCGUCGUUCGCUGACGCAUGUAAGCUGGUGUCAACGCCGUACUCGUGUCUAGUCAUGGACACGCACAGGAGACAUAUUGCCCUGUCGCCCAUGUACCUGAAGAAGAAACGGACAGGGAUCCAAGAGGAACUGAACACCGAACUGCUAAGAUACUCAGAAAGUCUGAAAGGUGUGCCUCUGGCCUAUGAUGAGGUCAGUUUACUGAGACAGCAUGGAGACAUCUACGACGAUAACGGAUACAUUCACCUCGACAUACAAGCCAACUUUGUCGUCUUCCAACCCCAGAGAGGACAGAAACUACUGGGUACAGUUAAUAAGCUUGGUGUGAGUCACGUGGGCUGUCUGGUCCAUGGCUGUUUCAACGCCAGUGUUCCGAAGCCAGCCCACGUCACCAUGGAGACCUGGAAGGAGGCAGGACCCAGGAUAGGGGCGGAGCUGGAGUUUGAGGUCUGUCAGCUAGAUGCAGACACAGUCGGAGUACUGCUGAUCAGAGGAAGACUUGGCAGGGCACGGGUUCAGGAGCUGAUGGCAGCUGGAGAGAGUUCUGAUCCUAUUGACCCCACAGAACAGCUGGAGGAACCAGACACAGAACCUGCUCUACAACCCAACCAGGACUCGCCCGAAGCCACCGUCAAACCCAAGAAGAAGAAGAAGAGGAAGGAGAAACACAGAGAGGAGGUGGUUUCAGUACCAGCCCCCGGAGAUGCUGUGAACGGAACAGUGGAGGACAGCAGCACUAACGGACACUCUGAGGAGAAGAAGAAGAAGAGGAAGGAGAAACGACAGAACGAAGAGGAUGAGGAGAGAGAAGUGGGUGGGAGAGGUCCUGUGGAGGUGCAGGGGAGCGACUCCAGCGGUUACCUUAGUGACAAGCCAAACAGGAAGAGGAAACAGGGUGACGAUAUCACGUCCUUUCUCCAUGGAGAUCCUGAAACGCCCAAAACUAAGAAGAAGAAAAAUAAAUGAUGUGACUGUGUCACUGCGACUAAAAUUGAGUGAAACUGAAUAAACAUUAAAAGAUG